AAUCUCAAAAAUCUCUUAAAAACAAAGGAAUUUUUGAUGAUGUGAUUAAAAAAUAUUCUGCAAAAUAUAUUACAUCUCAAUCUGGAACAGUAGAAAACGAAAAUAUCUUUUGGUCUGACAACGAAUUGCAAAUGGACGACAGUGACAACGAAUUUAUUAUUUAA